AUGUUCUCGGCAACUUGGGUCAAAGCCUUGGUCAUCAUUUCUGGGUUGAAGAACGUUCAAUUCACCAGCCAUGAUGAUUCUUGCACCAGUUCCUUCUUUGUUUCUGUGAGUAAGGAAACCAGAACCAACACCAGGACCGAAGUCAACAAUGUGGGUAGCCUCAAAGUUGGUAGCGGUUUCCCAGUUGACGGCCAAGAGAGUGAUAAGUUCAAUAAGUCUCGAGGAAAUAGAACCGGUGUAAUUUCUGAGGUCAGAUCCGUCGUAGGUAUCGUAAACUGGAAUUUUCAAGUCCUCAGCCUUGAACUCGAGACCACUCUUCUUGAGGUCCUCCUUGAUUCUGUCAGAUGCUGGAGCAAGCAGGUGAGAGUGGAAUGGAGAGAGGAUUGGCAGGAAUCUAGAAGAGAACUUGAGCUUUCUUUCGCUGUAUGGGAUACGGGAUUGCUCCAAUCCAGAUGGAGCCUUUGCCUUUCUCAAGUUCAGGUUAAGACCGUAAAGAGAUUCUGGAGGACCAGUCACGACCAAGUUUCUGGCACCGUUGACCAAGGAGAUGCUGAUCUUCUUGGCAUCUGGCAAAUGCUGAUUUGUCUCGUCCACGAACUUUGUGACUUGAUCGUAUGUGAGGUCUCUAACAGAAAGCAUAGGACCUGGAGUACCUUCUCCGUUCUCCUCGGAAUCCUUCACAGAGCUUGGGGCCAGAGAUGUAGAUGGGUAAGCUUGGAGACAUCUGACACCAAGGUAGAAGAGGAACUCGACAGCUUUCAAAGCUUGGACCUCGAAGGACUCCCAGGAGCCAGCAGAUGCAAUAGCAACAGCGGUUGGUAA